GCAACAUCACUUCAUCACCUCCGAACCAAGUACAGGUCAUUUCAACAUCUGCACUCAGGUCGUUAUAGACAGGAGCAAGGAUAGACAACGGACGACCAGUUUACUUACACCUCUCCUCUUUUCGAUCCCUGUGACCCCGUGGGCUCCCCGUCCAGCCAGAUGGCUUCGGAUGACGCCCUACCUACGCUCAAGAUCCUAUUGAUCGGGCCAUCAGGUGCUGGAAAGUCGGCAUUACUCAUGCGAUAUUGUGAUGAUGAAUUCGAUCCUGACACGGCCGCUGCGACGAUUGGUAUCGACUUCAAGAUCAAAAGACUUGCGGUCCGCGGCAAGCCAUAUCGGUUAACUCUGUUUGAUACGGCCGGACAAGAAAGAUUCCGAACCCUCUCAACCAGCUUCUACCGUGGUGCCCAUGGCGUUAUUCUUGUCUACGACAUUUCCAACAGAGCAAGUUUUAUAUCCAUGGAACGAUGGUUUGACGAAGCCAAAGCUAAUACCGUAGAGGACGUUGCUCUGUACCUGGUCGGAGCAAAACUUGACAAAGCAGCUCGCAGCCGGGAGGUCACAUCCGAGGAAGGCCUAGCACUAGCGGAACAACACGGCGCCAGCUUUUGCGAGGCAAGUUCCAAGACCAGUGAGAACGUCCGCCGCCCCUUUGUGGAAAUCGUAAACCAGAUCGUGCAGACGCCAGGUCUGCUCACCAACGCCACGGCAAAACGGCGAUCCGGGACGGUCGUGGUUGACAGCACCACCAACAACGGCUACUUCUCCCUUCCGACUUGUUCGUGCUAG